AUGCAGUGCUAUACAGAGCUCACGCCACCCACUGGUGUGCAGUACAGUCUCAGCUUGCCCUUCCUCUCGGCGCAAAGUAACAAUCUAGUCGUCGCAAAGGGCUCUUUACUGCAGAUCUUCUCGACAAAGACCAUUUCUUCCGAGUUCGACACGUCGCAAACUCGAGAGCAACAGACUUCUAGGGCCGAGGAACCAUACGACCGCCGAUUGAACGACGAUGACGGCCUCGAGUCUUCCUUUUUGGGCGGCGACGGUAUGCUGGUUCGCGCCGAUCGAUCAAACAACACCAAGCUCGUGCUCGUGGCCGAAUUUCCAUUAUUUGGUGUCGUAACGGGACUGGCAAGAAUUAAAUUGCAACACUCCAAGUCAGGUGGUGAAGCUCUUCUGAUUGCUACAAGAGUUGCCAGGCUGAGCUUGGUCCAGUGGGAUCCCGAGAAACACGCACUCGAGGAUAUCUCCAUCCACUACUACGAGAAAGAAGAGCUAGAAGGCUCUCCAUUCGACGGCCCGUUGAGCAACUACUGCACAUAUCUUGCUGCCGAUCCUGGUUCGCGAUGCGCCGCUCUCAGGUUUGGCCCCAGAUACAUCGCCUUUCUCCCCUUCAAGCAAGCCGAUGAGGACAUAGAUAUGGAUGACUGGGAUGAAGAUGUGGAUGGACCUCGGCCGGCAAAAGAGCCAUCAGCAGCAGCGGCCACAAAUGGAACUAGCAACAUAGCAGAUGUACCAUACUCAACAUCAUACGUCCUCCCUCUACCGCAGCUUGAUCCCAGUCUCCUUCAUCCUGUGCACCUCGCCUUCUUGCAUGAGUACAGAGAGCCCACCUUUGGCAUCAUCUCCUCAACACAGCGCCGCUCCAACACCUUACCUCGCAAGGACCACUUCUCUUACAAGGUCUUCACUCUCGAUUUACAACAGAGGGCCUCGACCGCGAUUCUCUCCGUCAACAACCUACCCCAGGACCUCUUCAAAGUCAUUGCCCUGCCAGGUCCUGUCGGCGGCGCUCUGCUCAUCGGCACGAACGAGUUGAUUCAUAUAGAUCAGUCUGGAAAGCCGAACGGUGUGGCUGUCAACGCCUUCACUAAGGAAACCACGAACUUCCCUCUCGCAGAUCAGUCUGAUCUGGAUUUGCGGCUCGAGCACUGUUACAUCGAACUUAUGUCUGCCGAGAAUGGAGAGUUGCUGAUGGUGCUCAGCGACGGGCGACUGGCCAUCGUCACCUUCAAGAUUGAUGGACGCACAGUUUCAGGGGUCAGCGUCAAGCUUGUGCCGAUCGAAGUUGGUGGCAACAUUGUCCAGUGUAGUGUCUCCUCCAUCUCGAAGCUUAGCAGGAACGUCUUCUUCCUAGGGACUACGGGGAGUGACUCCCUUGUUCUCGGCUGGACACGAAAGCAGGCGCAGAACGCACGCAGAAAAACACGAUUGGUCGACGACUCAUUCGAGUAUGACCUGGAAGAUGAAGACAUGGAUGACGACGACGAUGACGAUCUGUAUGGUGAAACGACAACAACAAUGAUUCAGCCCGGUGCGACUGCGAAUGGGGUUUCCAAGGGAGGAGACUUGAGCUUCCGCAUUCAUGAUUCCUUGCUGAGCAUUGCGCCCAUCAAGGAUAUGGUGUCGGGCAAGCAAGCUUUCAUUCUAGACAGCGAGGAGGAGAAGAACUCGGUCGGUGUCGUAUCCGACCUGCAGCUCGCCUGUGCUGUGGGCAAGGGCAAUGCCGGCGCUGUUGCUAUCAUGAACCAAAAUAUUCAGCCAAAGGUCAUCGGUAGGUUCGAGUUCCCAGAGGCCAGAGGAUUCUGGACCAUGUGCGUUCAGAAACCCAUUCCAAAGUCCUUGCAAGGGGACAAGGGGGCCAACGCCGCAGUGGGUAGCGAAUUUGAUGCUUCAUCUAUAUACGACAAGUUCAUGAUUGUUUCAAAGGUUGACCUGGAUGGGUAUGAGACGUCAGACGUUUAUGCUCUUACUGGUGCUGGUUUUGAAGCGUUGUCAGGAACAGAAUUUGAUCCCGCGGCGGGCUUUACGGUGGAGGCCGGUACUAUGGGAAAGCAUCUGAGGAUCAUUCAAGUUCUCAAAUCGGAAGUACGUUGCUAUGAUGGAGAUCUGGGCCUAAGUCAAAUACUUCCGAUGCUCGACGAGGACACCGGUGCUGAGCCACGAGUGAUCACUGCCAGCAUUGUCGACCCUUAUCUUCUCCUCAUUCGAGACGACUCGAGCAUUAUGGUGGCUCAGAUCGACAACAACUGCGAGUUGGAGGAAAUGGAAAGAGAAGAUGACGCUAUUCUUUCGACGAAGUGGCUUGCAGGAUGCCUGUACAAAGACGUGAACGGUCUUUUUGGCCCGAAGCAAAAAGACGGGGCCACAACAGAAGAUCACGGCAUUUUCAUGUUCUUGCUGAGUGCGGCGGGGGCUCUUCAUAUAUACGCUCUCCCCAACCUUUCUAAGCCAGUCUACGUUGCUGCUGGCUUGACCUAUGUUCCUCCUUUCCUGUCCGCAGACUACGCCGUCAGACGGGGUACCGUUCAAGAGACGCUGACUGAGAUUUUGGUGGCCGAUCUUGGUGAUGCUACUGCGGCUUCACCACACCUCAUCCUCCGUCAUGCAAAUGACGACCUCACUAUAUACGAACCGAUCCGUCUCAAAUCACAAGACGAUUCCGUGGGUCUGGCAAAGACUCUCCAUUUCCGCAAGAUCAACAACCCUUCUCUCGCCAAGAGUCCCGUUGAAGUUGCUGAUGAUGAUGCCAACGAGCAACCGCGGUUUGUUCCUCUUCGGUCCUGCAGUAAUAUCAGCGGGUAUAUCACCGUCUUCUUGCCUGGUGCCUCGCCGUCCUUCAUCAUCAAGUCUGCCAAGAGCAGUCCGAAGGUCGUCGGCCUGCAGGGCAUUGGUGUGCGCGGCAUGAGCUCAUUCCACACAGAAGGCUGCGAGCGCGGCUUCAUCUAUGCCGACUCGGAGGGCCAAACACGUGUCACACAGCUCCCCGCAGACACGAACUUUGCCGAACUGGGCGUUUCUGUGCGCAAGAUACCGGUCGGCGAUGCCGUUGGCCUGAUCGCCUACCAUCCCCCAAUGGAGACCUACGCCGUUGCGUGCAGUGUCUCUGAGGCGUUUGAGCUCCCAAAGGACGAUGACUACCAUAAGGAGUGGGCCAAGGAGACCACAACCAUAUAUCCCCGAACCGAACGCGGCAUCAUUAAGCUCAUGAGCCCGACGACGUGGUCCGUCAUUGACGCCGUUGAGCUCGAGCAGCACGAGGUCGCGAUGUGCAUGAAGACACUUCACUUGGAAGUUUCCGAAGAAACCAAGGAGCGCCGAAUGCUCAUCACCAUCGGCACCGCUAUCAACCGCGGCGAGGAUCUGCCUAUCCGCGGCCGUAUCCUCGUCUACGAUGUUGUCCCCGUCGUCCCGCAACCCGGCCGGCCCGAGACGAACAAGAAACUCAAGCUCGUUGCCAAGGAGGAGAUACCCCGCGGCGCCGUUACCGCCAUAUGCGAGGUCGGCUCCCAGGGUCUCAUGCUCGUCGCCCAGGGACAGAAGUGCAUGGUGCGCGGUCUCAAGGAAGACGGGACGCUGCUGCCCGUUGCCUUUAUGGACAUGAAUUGCUACGUCACGGCAGUGCGCGAGGUCCGCGGUACGGGUUACUGUCUCAUGACAGACGCCUUCAAGGGCGUCUGGUUCGUCGGGUAUGCCGAGGAGCCGUAUAAGAUGAUGCUCUUUGGUAAGAGCGCGGGCAAGUUCGAGGUCUCGACGGCUGACUUUGUCGUCGCCGGCGACGAACUGCACAUUGUCGUCUGCGACAAGGACGGCGUGAUCCAUGUGAUGCAAUUCGACCCGGAGCAUCCAAAAUCACUCCAGGGCCACCUCCUACUGAAUCGCGCCUCCUUCUCCGCGGCCCCAAACCACCCGACGGCAACACUCUCCCUUCCCCGAACCUCCGCGUCCCCGUCACCGGCCACCGCCUCCAAGAACCCGCCCACGACCCUCCUCCUCGCCUCCCCGACCGGCGCCCUCGCCUCCCUCAAUCCUCUCGGGGAGCAAGCCUACCGGCGCCUGACGUCGCUCGCCAACAGCAUUGCUGCCGCCGUGCCCCAGGCGGCGGCCACGAAUCCGAAAGCCCACCGCCUGCAACCCCUCGACGCGCGCACGCCCGGCGUCGACACCAGCGCCGGCCGCAGCAUCGUCGACGGUGCCCUGCUCUCCCGCUGGAACGAGCUCGGUGCCGGGCGUCGGUUCGAAGUAGCCGGCAAGGGCGGCUACGGCGACGUACUCGAGGUCAGGGGUGAGUUGGAAGGUGUCCUAGGAUGGAGCGGUAUGGCCUACUUCUAG